UAUAUAUUUGUAUAGUUUUCGAUUUCUGCUAAAAUUAAAAAUAAAUAAUAAACAGAAAUUAAACGAAAUUUUAACGAAAGUUAUUUGAUUAUAUAGAGGAAUUCAUAUUCACAUAGUUAUAUUUAAAGAACCAUUUUUUUUCUGGUGUGAUACAGAUGAAUGAUUGAAAUGUUGAGUUCGGAACUGUUGCAAGACAUAAUUUCGAUUUAAAAUAAAUAUUUUAUAACAUUAAAUUUUGUUUUCAAAACUAUUGCUGAUUAUGGGUUUAGCAACAUUUGAUAUGAAUCAAAUAGAAAAUGAAGCAGCAGCUACUGCUGCUAAACAUGUUGCAAACAUGUUACAAAGACCAGACCAACUUGAAAAAGUGGAUAAGUACAUGCAAAGAGAAUUACGUAAGAAGGCUUCUGUUGAUGGUGUUCUCAAAACUGCAAUGCAAACUCAGUUAGAUGGAGUUCAGACUGGUUUAUGCCAAUUAGAAGCAGCAUUAAAUGAAAUCAAAGAGAUCAAUAAAGAUAUUCAAGAAAUUAAAGAAUCUUUAAAGAUGGUUCCAGAAUUGGUUGAAAAUCUUUAUGCUCUCAAAAUUGAAAGCAAGGAACAUAGCCAGUGUUCAGCUGCAUUAGAAAAUCUUGAGCAUAUACUAAAUAUACCCAAAAGUGUCCAAGAUGCCUUAGAUAUGAUAAAUGAAGGAAAAUUAUUAGCUGCCCAUCAAAGUCUCGCUAUACUGGAGCAUUCUCGAGAUGAUUUAUUGUAUGAGAUGCAUAAACUGGCAAACCAAAGUCCUACAGACAAAAAUAUGUUGAAACACUACUUUUCUGAUGUAGAAAAAUUGUCUGAAGAAAUAAGCAAGCAACUGUGGUUGAUCUUAAGAAGAACUCUAAAUUCUGUUCGCAAAGAACCAAAAAUAAUUGUUAGUGCCCUGAGGAUUAUUGAAAGGGAAGAAAGUGAGGAUGCAGCUGCUGUUGAUUUAUUUAAAAGAACAGGUUACAUGCCUAUAGGCCGCCCAAAACAGUGGAGAAAUAAAGCUUUUGAAGUAUUGAAACAAUCAGUUUUAGAAAGGAUUGAAGGAAAUCAAUUUGAAGAUAGGUCUGGUCAUAAAAUGUGGUUAGUUACUCAUCUUGAGAUGACUAGGCAAAUUAUUGUUGAAGAUUUAAGAGUAGUUAAGAGUGCAUGUGUACCAUGUUUUCCUCCAAAAUAUGAAAUCUUUGAAAAAUAUGUGAAAAUGUAUCAUGAAUGCCUUUCAGGUCAUUUGCAAGAACUGAUUGGAAACAGUUUAGAAGAUAAUGAAUAUAUAAGUCUUUUGACUUGGAUUAGUGGAUAUGGGAGUACUGAAAUGCUUGGCCAUCCAGAUCUCAAUAUAGAUGUUACGAAAUUACCUCCUUUACUUGAAAAACAUGUUAUUCAGAGCCUUGAAAAUCAGUAUUUGUAUAAUGUGAAGAAGAAUUACCAAGAUUGGAUGAAAAAUGCUCUUUCUACAGAUGUUAAAGAUUGGAAUCACCAUGAAGGACCUGAUGAAGAUGAAAGUGGAUAUUUUCAUACACAGCUACCCCUUAUUAUGUAUAACAUGUUGGAUCAACAUUUACAAGUAGCUCAAACAGUUGACAAAGAAUUAGUCAAUAGAAUGAUGCUGUUGAGUUUUGAAGAAGUUCUGGAGUUUACACGUCUUUAUGAAGAAGCCAUUAUGAUGUACAGAAGCAAGCACUUUGAAGACAGAAGCAUUGUGAAAUAUUUUACUUCUUAUAUGAUUGCAACAGCUAAUAAUUGUCUCCAGUUUUGUGAAUUUGCUGAUAAACUGAGAAUACGAUAUAGUAAAGAUCUGACUGCUAUAUCCAAGAAUGCUGAGAUUAUAUUCCGUAGAACUAUAGAAGCUUUCCUCAAAUUAAUUUUACUUAUUCUUAAGUGCUUACGAGAGGAACUAUUCAUGGAUCUCAGCAGUAAUUUAAAUGAAGUGAUGACACGAACAUGGUUUCUCUCUGGUAAUCAAAUUGUGGAUACUAUACAUGCCACUUUAGAUGACUAUGGAAGUGAUUAUACUCAUCUUCUCCCUGAAAAUUUUAAUCUUUUGAUUACAGAUGUCAUGAACUGGAUUGCAAUCAACUAUAUAUAUGCAGUUUUACAAAAGAGGAUGAGUUUCAAAAGUUAUGAGGAACGCAAGCAAGCUGCAGAAAAAAUGUGUGAGGAAGGAAAGAUCCUUCAGCAGUUGUUCCAAAGAGCUCCUUUCAAUAAAAGGCUGAAUUCGAUUGUGAAAAAAAGAUCCUACUAUGAUGGAAAGAUCACUCUGGAAGAAUUUUUAAAGAAAUACAGUCCAAUUCAAACAUCUCAAACAUCACCAUUUGAAGCUGUGCCUCUGAUAGCUGAAGUCAUUAAACUGAAAGACGUCAGCAUGCUAUCUUUGGAAAUUUCCGGUGUAAUAAGACAUUAUCCUGAUGUAACCCUUGAGCAGUUAGUUACUCUUAUUCUAGUUCGAGGAGAUGUUAGCAAGAAUGAGGCUAAACAACUUGUUUCAGAUAUCAUGGCAGAAAUUGGUACUCAAAGUAAAGAAAGGACCAUCUUUUCUGACAUUACUAUAUCUUUAUAAGUAUUAUUUUACCAAAAAAGACUUUUCCUACAAAUGAGAAUAUAAAUAGCAGUACUAUAAUUUCAAUUUGUUUUGUUUAAAAAAGUAUUUUUGUAAAGAUGAAAGCUUUUAUUGAUUUAUUUUUAAAUCAACCUGAUAUGUCAGAUUAGUUUUCUGAUAAAUGUAAUCAAUAAAAAUGCAUGUUAAGAUUAUUCAGAUAAUAUAUAUUCAUAUUUAUUUGUAUAUAUAUGUAAAUAAGAAAUGUGAACUAGAACAACAAU